UCCCAGUAUUCCGAACACGUUGCGACUCGUAAAGUUUUGAAAAUUCAAUAAUGCUAGCGUCCAGUUACCUCAAGACGUAAAAAAUCAUCAGUCAUUUCAUAAUUAAUUGAUCGGAAUUACCCAUCGACAUUUAUGAACACAGAAUGGAGCCCGCAGCCCAAGAAUCAGUGGAAGAGUACUUCACAAAGAUCCGGGAAUGGUUGAACGCGCGCAGAGACUUCAAUUACACAGACGUGUACUCGCCCUUGUGCGGCGACGAGGAGCGAAUAAGCCUGACGAUUGCAAUCCUGGCGGAUCACGGUCUCCUGGGGCUGAAUACAUCGAAUGAGGAAUCCUCCUACGGCCUAACGAAGGACUUGGGAUUCGCCCAGGUGCAGGGUACAGGAGCCGAGGAGCUGAUGAGACGAAACAAAUCGAACCAGAGGAACAUGGUGAUGGAGUUGUGCACCUUGGCGAUAAUAUACGCCCCGGUGGACUCGAAGGAGCUGUCGAUGGCAUACGGACGUAGGGCUGAGGCACUCCUGAGGUUUCGCCUCUUCGAGGACUGCGUAAAAGACGUCGACAGAGCCAUCGCCCUGGCGUACCCCCCAGACCUCACCCCGAAGCUUUUCCUCGUCAAGACGAGGGCUCUCGUCGGUCUCUAUGGCCCCGACAGCAUCAUCGUGGAGAAGGCCAUCGAGGAGACCAAAGAAAUUACCAAGGACUUGCCUGGGUACAGAAGAGCACCCAUCACUCACGCCCUUAAUCAAAUCAGUGUCACAAAACGACUCGAACCUUUCCCUUUGUGGAAUGACGAGGGACAUCUGCCCAAAUUAUCCGCAGGACGAAUGAACAAUUUGGAAAUUCCAGACGCCUCCGAUGCCAUCGCCAUUAGGUACUCCGGGAAGUACGGGAGGCACAUCGUGGCCACCAGGGACAUCGACGUUGGCGAGGUGCUGGCUGUCCAGACCCCCUACAUUGCUGUUCUCGAGCUCAGUCGGAGAAGAUCCAAUUGCUGGUACUGCUUGUCUCAGACUUGGUCCGGUGUUCCCUGUGAUAAAUGUGUCAAUGUCCUCUUCUGCUCGGAAAAGUGCAAAUCCAGAGCCUGGGAGGAGUUUCACGACGUCGAGUGCCACGUUCUGGGACUCAUCAUCGCUGAGAAGAUGGAUGUUACUGCUGUCAUAAGCACCAGGCUCCUCAUCAAGGGUUGGAGGGAGGCUGGUGGAUGGGAGAACCUCAGACAGAUGAUGGAGGAGAUUGAAUCCAACUCAGACUUGAGGACCAAGGGAUUCACCUCGAACAUUCUCGACAGCUCAAAAUACUCCAGUGUUAUUACCCUGUCGACUUGCGCAGAGAAACGAUCAAUGGAGGAUCUCUUCAGGCUGUCAGUAGGUGCAGCCACUCUGACAUACAUUUUAGCCACGAUGACGAAUAUUUUUGGUGAUAAAUUGCCCGGAGAGCGGGACAUACUCCUAGGCCAUCCGUGGGUCAUCUUCGCUGGCGCAAUGAUUCUGAAGCACACGCAGAUUCACUCAGUGAACUCUCAAAUGUUUUGCGAAUGGGAUCCUAAGGAGAGUACCUCGUGGACACGUGCAAUGGCCCUGAUUCCCCUCUAUGGACUGAUCAAUCACAGCUGUGAUAAUUCCGUUAAUUACACAUCCCAUGGGAGAUACAUGGCACUGCACACGAUUCGUCCAAUUAAACAGGGCGAGCAGAUAUUCGAUCAUCGAGGUGUGUCCUUUGCGAGGAUACCCAGGUUGGAACGAAAGGCCCAGAGGAGACAGCGAUUCUAUUUUAUCUGCAACUGCCAGGCCUGCGAGGAAGAUUGGCCCCUCUACAACGAUCUACCCUCCUUCUCGGAGAAGAGCCUCCCCCAGGCGGUCAUCAACACUCUCGAUAAGACAAUGUGCUCCCAAAAUGUCUUCAUGAAUACCUACUCUGUCAUGGGAAAUGAUUCCGUCAAUCCACUAUAUAUUACCACUCUCAUUCAAAACCUCAGGGUACUUUACAAAUAUGUGCAGCAACCCUGCAGAGAGAUUGAAGAGAUCAUCAGGGCUCUCGAGCACAUCUGGCUGCAGACAGGUAGUCGUUGCCAGUCUCUUGAUCGUUGAUUAUUAUUAAAGCGUCAUCAUUACAAAACAAAAACAAACGUCCAAAGUUUUGAUACGGUUCCUCCAGUUAAUUUCGUGUUUUGUACUCAGGAAAUAGUUUUCUCAAUAGCUAUAGUAUUGAGGAGUGAGUCAGAGAGUUUAUUGAAGUAUAGGGUAAUUGUUUGUGGAGAUAUUGUAGAAGCUAUUUUAUAUUAUCUAUAAUUCAGUUGAUGUUUAGAUUUGUUCAAUUAUUUUUUUUCUUUCUCGUGUUAUGAUUGGUAUAUCACUAAACGAUAAUUCGUAUCUGUGGGAUGACUCCUCAGUCCUUGAUACGAAUAAUCUUAAAAGUAUUAAUUACAAAAGUAUUAGAUAAUUACAUAAUCCGUCUUCAUUGCGUUCGUUAUCUCUCAUGGAUUGAAAAGUCGUUGUGAAGAGGGAAUGAGAUAAAGUCAGAAGGAAAAAAUCGACAAAUCUUUAUUCGUUCGUAUAAACAUUACAAAAUUAAUAAUUCAUUUAUAAUUAUUUUGUUACGCAGUGGACGGAUCUCAGUGAUUUGUUAAAUGAUCUUUCAUUUAUUAUAAUAAUAAUCGAUAUCCAUGUGAUAAAAUUCUCAAACUUAUACAUGAAUCUUAUAUUUUUUAAAAU